CUUCCGCUCAUUUGCUCCUUACUUCCACCAGGACUGCAUCUAACAUCAAAAAUGUUUCAUAUCGUAGACACAAGGGUAUUGUUAUGCUGGGGUCUGACUGUAGUUUCGGCUGCUUACAUAGAUUUGACCCAUCCUGUCAAUGAAAAAACGGUUUAUUGGUUAAAGGAAAAGUUUGAGUUGGAGCCCACAGUCCGUCGGACUGACCCAUAUUGGGCAGCGAGCAACAAACUGAGCACUCCUGAGCACGGAGGAACCCACAUUGACGCUCCUUACCACUUCAACAAGGACGGGUGGAAACUCGGCCAAGUUCCACUCAACCGCCUAUUCAUGGUGGAGGGAGUCCUAAUUAACAAGACAGAAGAGGUCCUGAAGGAUCCAGAGUACCAGUUAACAGCAAAGGACAUCAAGGACUGGGAGGAGGAGAAUGGAGCAUUACCUUCCAACUGUGUUGUGUUGGUAAAGUUUGGUUGGGGCAUCCGUUAUCCUGACCGUGUCAAGUAUUUCGGCUUGAAGAGUGAUGACGACUUUGACCGUCACUUUCCUACUAUUUCUGGAGAUGCUGCAGAUUAUCUGGUCCAGUCAGGUAAAGUGUUUGGUAUUGGGAUUGACACUGCCUCACCAGACAUCAAGGAUGAUAUGAUCUUUCACAGGAAAACGUCAAAACACAACAUCUUUAUCUUGGAAAAUUUGGAUCUGAAAAAUAUUGAAGGCAUUCCUUCUAGAGGUUUCAAACUGGCCAUUCAACCAAUGAAGAUUGAAGAAGGCACAGGAGGUCCAAUACAUGUUGUAUUGGUUAAUGAUGAAAAAGAGGGGAAGGAGAAGGAAGAGGAUAAAGAAGUAGUAAAAUGAUAACACAAUAUUUAGGGAGAACACAUGGAGUGAGCUGAUUUUGUCUAUAAUAAAAAUCAUUUUGUACUAUUCUAACA